CUCACGAGACAGUGACUGUCGGGCGCCGGAGGAGGAUGCACCUCUCCGUCGCCCCGGGGUUGCCUAAACACACUGGGUGUUGAGCGUGUCUAGUGUGAGUGGUUACUGAGGUGUAGUGGAGGGGGUGGUCCGGUACACCCUCGCCCCGCCUUCCGCCCACUCCAGCAGCAGCAGCAGCGUGAGGACGUGACUCAGGGGAGCGUUGAUGGUGCGACUCUGCCAGUGUGCUCCCCACCACCACCAGUUGUUGUGGAGGCCAAGUGAACCCGUUUGGUGGUGAGGGCGGCGGGCCGUCAAGGUCGCGUGAUCCCACAGUGUGUAGCUAUGUGGCAUGCAGUGUGGCGGGGUGUGCCGCUCUCUCCUCCUCACCCAUGGAGACCCACGCACUGCUGACCCCACCACACACAAUCCCGCCCUCCGCUUCCAAUUUACUCACAAUGUGCAAUAUACACAAAAGCCGCAACUGGUUAUGAAGUGAGGCUAGUGUAGGUGUUUGUAAUGACUUUUGUGUAGUGUUGUGUAGAGAACGGACCGUGGUGAAGGUGUGUAGUGUGAGCACUCCCGCCCCACACCCGCCCCACACCCGCCUCUCCCCCCUCACCCUCAACAUGGGACUCAAGCAACUCGACCCGCCCGAGAAGUGGACUCAUCCCCCCAAGAAGAAGUGGAUCUAUAAUUAUUUGGCUGACGAUGAGGGUGGUGAGGAGGGUGUCACAGACGAGGCGGCCAAGAGAGAGGUGGUGUUCCGCAGGGCGCCUGACACCUACAGUAGAAGUGCACCCACCAACACCACCCACCACCACUAUCACCACCACCACCACCACACCAACAACCAUGGCGGUGUGGCCUCCACCACUCCGCCCCCCGCCACUCGCACUGCGCCCUCAAGCCCUGGCCACGCCCGCGAGGAGAUAGGCCAGCAGCGGCGGGUUCCGGCGUUGACCCCGCCCAUGGCGGGGGGAGUGAGGGGUGUGAGUGUGGGGUGUGGGCAGCAGGGGGCACAACAGCAGACGUCGCCAAGGACAUGUUUGUCAUAUCCAGGUUCACCUGCGUCCUCCCCUCCGCACCUGACAGUGACCCCUCGGGGCAGCGCUGCCUCGCCGCUUGGGUUACUCAGCGCCUUCCGUCACGACUCUUCGUCCUCCUCCUCUUCCCCGCCGUCAUCCGCCACCUCUGGCCCCGCCUCAGACCCUGCUCUCACCCGCCUCUCUCACGACGCCUUUCAGCCUCAUCUCACCAAUGGCCUCACGCGGCCCAACGGACUGAGCAAGUCCCUCUCCCUUUCUCCCUCCUCUCACAACUUCACUCAUCACGGCCUCUACUCCCCGGAGGACCCCGCCUUCAAGGACGAUAAGAAGCGCUCGGGGAGUACGCCGUCACGGGAGGUGCACAAUAAGCUGGAGAAGAACCGUCGGGCACACCUUAAGGAGUGUUUUGAAACUUUACGCAGACAGCUGCCUUCCAUGGAUGACAAGAAGAUAUCCAACCAGACUAUACUAAAGGCUGCCCAUAGACACAUCCAGACGUUAAAAAGAAAAGAGCGUGAAUAUGAGCACGAGAUGGAACGCUUAGCAAGGGAGAAGAUAGCUCACCAACAAAAGUUGUCAGCACUGAAGAAAGAGUUGUCAGCACGAUGGGACCAUAUUGACUUUAAUGCCUUACUCCCAGACAUGGCAUCUCUAGAACAGCAUCGAGACAAGGAGACAAAGUCGACCACCACUGCUUCAGAACAACCAGACUUGGAAGAUGAUUCUCCUAGGGAUGCUGGCACGCAAGCCACCUCGGUUAAUGUACCAUGCACACACACGCCACGUCUGCAUGCCGAGCCUUCUCGCGGCACCGCCACUUUUGCAACCAUAAAUAAUGAUGGGAGUAACAGUAUUGGUACUUCAGGGUUGGUACCUUUAAGAGAACAUUUUGUAGACCCAAACCAGCCAUUAAAUCUGUCAACCAGUAUUGUUGACUCUUCAAGAGUGUCACCUCGGGCACAGCAGAUAAUUUCACAGGGACGAUCUCCACACAACAGUAGUGAGUGGGGCUCGCGUCAAGCAUCACCACACUAUACAUCAGCCACAUAUACUACUAGUAGUGAAGAAGACACAUGGCCAUCCUCAGAUAUUAGUACUGUGGCACCUACCUUAACACGGGAAACAAUAACAAGUGUACAUAGUGAGCACUUGCCUAUAAUGGGAAGCACAGGGAUCCAUCUGCCAGCACAACUAGUGGCAGGUGGGAUGCAACUAAAUGGUGCACCAGGUGGACUAUUAGGUCAGCCAGCCAUCCAGGUUAUCACUCCAGAGGGUUAUAAAUUGUUGCCUGCGGACCAUGCACCAAAUGGUACCAAGCCACUCACAAUCACACUUGCACAUCCAGCAGAAGGACUCGAGAGGGGAGAGAAUUCUGACGAUGUGAAAACUAGUGCAGCUCCAAUGAUGGUUGCUCUUAACAAAAAUGGUGUAUCUGCACUACACUUGGCAGUUCCAACUGCCCGCUCACUAUCUCAUGCACAAGGCACCAAUGGAACGGUUCCUCUGAACUUGAGUGUAGGAGGAGCUCCUACAGUGAAGGUGACACAAGCAGCUACAUCCUCUCUCUUAUCUUCAUAUCUGCCCAUAACGCAUGCCAAUGGCAUCACACAGUUGGUGUCUGGUCUCGGCGGUAGCAUGGGAACGCUUGUGUCAGGACUAGGCCCUCCAAUAGUUACACCCUUGGUGGUAUCCCAGCCACAGCGGGCUGGUGUGCCAGGAACUGUCACAACAGUAAGCAAUAAGGGUAUAAAAACUGCUAACAUGGGAGGCAGUGCAACCAGUGUGCCACUGGUAUCAACGCAGUAUACCACUUCCCUUGCUAGUGGUCUAGGUGGACUAGUGAAACCUGUGGUUGUAGUGUCUGCUCCAGCAGCAGUUACCGGACUGAUGGCAGGGGCCCACACGGUGGUCUCUGGCAAGCCCUGAUGUGCACCUCAUACAGACAAUCCCAGGAGAGUACAAGCCAUACCUCAGCUGUGGGCUGGACAGGAGGCUCUUUGCCUCAACUGUUGCCCACUUUCACCACCACUCUCAUUCUUCAUCGUCAUACUUGUUAUCAUGAGAAAACUAGUACAUAUUUUCAUGUUUUAUUUUUAUGAGAUGUAACUUGGCAUUUAUGUCAAGUUUCUCUAUGUACAUUUUCAUUACCGGUGAUGUUGGAGAUAAGGAUAUCUAGUUAUUCUUAAUUUUAAAGAAAAUUUUAUUAGCUAAAUUAUUUUAUAAGGUGGCCAGCAUGGAAUCCAGGCUGCACCAGGAAGUGUUGUACUGAAGGUGAUGUAUGCCUGGACUAGCCGUCAGUCUUUGGCAGGUCACCAAACUGUGAUAGUGGUUCAUCUAGCGACUCUUUGUUUUCCGAGAGUUGCUGGGUAGGACUCGAUUAUGCUGGUGGAUGCACACUGCUCAACAUGGUGCUAGCCACCAUAUUUGUGUUGCACUCACUGGUGUAUAUAGCAUCACCCACCUGGUUGUUGGUGUUAUUGUUAUCAAACCUUGUUGUAAAUGUCUUAUCUUGAUUAUGUAUUGUGUAUGUAUGCCAUUUUUUUUUUUUUUUGACUAAAUGAUCCUUAUAAAGGUGACUAAAUGUUACUGUGGCUCCCCUGAUGCUCUGCAUACAAAGUGUGCAAGAGUCGACAAUUGCUGACAGUGAUAUACACCCGCUCAGGGUGACGCAGUUUCCCCCCUCUUCCUCAGACCUGCCGCCCACCUCACCAAAUAUCUCAAGUGUACAAAUUCAACUGGUAAUCAGUUGUUACAUGCAAGUGUAUUGGCUGCAGUCUAUUGUACCAAGUGUUUGUGUCACUCUGGGCGGCAGUACUAUGCCAGAUCUCAGGGUUGACAGGGACCUACAGGCCCCUGCUCACCUCAGUGCAAACAAGCCAUACCCAAACCCUUUAAUUGAUAGUAAAAUGUUUCAAAUGUC